AUGUUGUAUGAAGCAUUCUUCACUGCACUCAUUGGAAUAUCGUGGGGUGCCUUUUUCCUUAUCAACCCGCUCACAAGGCACGGAAGCGCAGGAAAGGCAUCAACAUCUAUUGGAUCAAUUGACAAAGACUGCUUUAUUAUUUUCUAUUUAAAUGGAAUGGCUUUCUUUAUUCUUAUUUACUUUCUUAAAUGCACCAGCAAAAGCACCUAUCUGCUUGGCUUCCACAUCCUUAGAAGGCUCAUUGAGUCUUCCGUAUAUUCGUACAGCCCCACAAGCACCAUGAAUUUUAUGCAGUUUGCCACCGGCAUUGUAUACUACCCCAUGCUGCUGAUGCGGUCAACAGAGAGCCAGACCGUGCGUGUCCCUCUAUUUGUGGCUGGCACUCUUCUGCAGACUGUGCUGCACUACCUUCUUUUCAGAAAAAAACAGCAUGUAAAAUAUCUGCACUAUGUGUCGGAAAUGAUCAUCCACAGUGCAAUAACCCUAGACUAUCUCAACCUUGCAUGGAUUCUAUCAUUUACUGCAAUUAAUAUUCUUAACAGAAAUAAAUAA